CACAUGGUAUCAGUGCAACCGGCAGGAUGGAUGAAAACGCUGUCGUGGUGAGAAACGCUUACAAGGGCUAUUCGUCCUCCUUCGUCCUCAAAGGGCUCAACAUGACUGUGCGCAAAGGAUCUAUAUAUGCACUCUUGGGUCCGAGUGGCUGCGGAAAGACAACCCUUCUUAGCUGUAUCGUCGGAAAAAUUAAUUUGGAUUCUGGUUCUAUAGAAGUGUCAUCAGCCUACAAAUCUCUUCUUGGUUACAUGCCACAACAUAUUGCCCUCUAUAUGCAGUUGAGUAUAGCAGAAACGUUUGCUUAUUACGGUCGAGUUUAUGGAAUGAGAUGGGACGAGAUUCAAGACAGGAGCUACCAUCUGCAAAAACUCCUUGAAUUGCCUUUAGACAAAAGGAUUGUCGAGACAUUGAGUGGAGGACAACAAAGAAGAGUAUCUCUGGCCGUAUCAUUAAUUCACAAUCCGGACAUAUUAAUCUUGGAUGAGCCGACAGUCGGCCUCGAUCCUGUGCUUAGUGAUAGCAUUUGGCAAUAUUUAUUGAAACUCACUACAAUUGAAAAAAAGACUAUAAUAAUAACGACUCAUUAUAUACAAGAAGCAAUACAGGCCAACAAGGUAGGUCUCAUGAGGGGAGGAAUAUUAUUAUGUGAAGAAUCGCCAGCUGAUUUAAUGGCAAAAAAUAACUGUUCAACAAUGGAAGAAGCAUUUUUAAAAUUGAGUCAAAAACAAGAGCUUAUGGGGCCGGAAAUAAUUCCAACCAAUCUACCUCCAAGAACUAAACUUAAAACAAUGAAGAAACAUACGUUUUUUGCUAAAAACUGUUUUAUUGCAGAAAUUGUAAAAAACUGGUUCUUCAUCUGGAGAAAUAAACCGAUGCUAGCUUUCCUUUUCGGCCUUCCAUUGGUAAUUACGUUACUUUUUAACAUAGCCAUCGGUCAUAAUCCCAAAGGGCUUGGGAUUGCCGUGAUAAACCGCGAAACACCGCAUGGUGCUUUAGAUUGUGCAAUCAAUCCAGGGAUGGGGUGUAAUUUUACAUAUCCGAUGAGCUGUUUAUUCAUACAAAAACUUCAUUCUUCAGGACUAACACUUGUACCAUUCGAUGAUUUGGAUACUGCCAAAUAUGCCGUUAAAAGAAAUUAUAUUUGGGGACUCGUAGAGAUUCCUGCCAACUACACUCAGAGUGUGUUGGAAAGGUUAAUGUUUAAUUUGAAGACGAAGGAUUAUGCCAUCGAUCACGGAAGUGUCAAUGUUUGGUUAGACAUGUCCAAUCAAAACAUUGGAACUAUGUUGAAAAUCAAUAUACUCGACGCCUAUACGAGAUUUAUGGAAGAAAUGUUUCGAGAUUGCGGCUGGCCUAAAAAUUCAAUUGGUAUUCCAAUGAAGUAUUAUGAACCCGUUUAUGGAGAGAAAAUUGCAAAUCUAAAUCACUAUGCAAGCCCAGCCAUUAUUCUUUUGUUGAUAUUUUAUCUUCCUAUGUCAUAUACAAUAGGUGUAUUGGUUCAAGAAAAAUUACUAGGCGUUUUAGAGAGAAGUUUAGUCGCUGGAAUAACAUUGACUGAAGUGUUUAUAUCUCACACAGUAAUUCAGAUAAUAAUUCUUACUUUUCAAAUGUCAAUUGCUAUGACAGUCCUCUAUUACAUUUUUGAAAGCCCAUUUAUAGGAGACCCUUUUACAACAGCAUUCCUUUUAUUAUUGCAAGGAGUCAGUGGAAUAGCUUUUGGAUUUUUGGUGGCGAUGUCUUUUGAUAAAAUGCUCCAUGCGACUUUCGCCAGCUUGGGCAGUGUGUUCUCGUACUUCUUUUUAUCGGGUCUGGUUUGGCCACAACAAGGGGCUUAUUUUAUUUUACAAUGGUUCAGAUGGGUUGUUCCAGUGUCGUAUUCGGUUGAAGCAAUGAGAGCUUUGACGGCCAAAGGUUGGUCUAUAACCCACCCCUUGGUGAUUAAAGGAUUCGUAUCCGUUUCUUCGUGGAUUGUCAUUUUCUGUCUCAUGGCUCACAUUGUUUUAAAAAUGCGAAAGGGAAAUUUUGGGACACAAUAACAAAACAAGCCAAAUUUAGAAUUGUAAAAAAAAUUACCCACCUGUACAUAUUUUUGUAAAUAUAUUUCUGUAGCAGUACAAACUGUUAGUAUGUAAAAUCUGUACAUUUAUUUUGUGAUAGACUAAAUAAUUUAAAUUAUUCAUUUUACACUUUUAUAAGGCAAGACAUUCCAUGUUUACUACUUGCUGGCAUAAAUUUUAUUUUUUUGUGUAAAUAAACUUUCGAAAAUAUAUUUGCUCAAAUUUAAAUAAAUAAGUCAAC